CUUGGCCAGCUGGCGAGCUACUAGGCCACCGCGAAGUCUUGCAAAAGCUCAAAUGCGCAACGCCCGCCGUUGAGGUUGCACGCGAAUUUGAAUUGCCGCCGCGGAUCAGUGGCUGAAAAGUGUUUCAAAAGGCGAGAGAGUUUCUUGCCCAAGUGAUCGCAGUGAAAACCGAAUUUGGCACAAAAAGAGCCCAGUGAAAUUGCUAGUGAAAAUUGCUAAUUUCAUAGCACCGGCCAGCUGUGCACCUGGAUUAAAGCACAUACCGCUGGAAAUCGAAACCGAAAACGAAACUAAAGCCAAAACACAAGCCAAUCAAAUAGUUUCACUUUUUAUUGGAUUAGCCGCAGCAGCAGCAGCAGCAGCAGCAACUCAUCUCAAUUAAACAGCCGACGCAGCUGAAAACAGGAAAUUUUUUGGCAACUCUUGGAUGCCCGAAAAUGGCACACUAUGAUCAACGUUGGCUGAAACUCUUCUCCGGCUGCCUUUUCCUCUUCUUGCUGGCUCUGCCGGUUUUGGAGGCCAAGCGAUCGAAUGCCAAUCUCACGGCCUGCCAGCACUUAAGACGCUCGGAGACGAGAAGAGCCAAGGCCCUGCAAUCGGGAUUCGAAGGACCAUCCAUUCGAGUGCCGCGCUGCCAGAAGAACGGUGACUUCGAUACCAUCCAGUGUGAGAAUGAGAAAGCUGGCCGGGAUUGCUGGUGUGUGGAUGAGUAUGGCGUGGAGCUGCCGGGCAGUCGCAAUGAGACGCGAUCGGGAGUCGUUUGCUCGGAGCCCAAGCACUGUGCCGCAUCCGCCUGCCGCAUGUUCUGCCCCUCGGGAUUCGCCCGUGAUCCUGACACCGGCUGCUCCGUUUGCCGCUGCCGUGAUCCCUGCGACGGCUUAGAGUGUCCACGUGGACAAUCCUGCCAGCUGCAGGAGGUGCAGUGCAAAUCGGAGCCCUGUCCGCCAGUGCCCACCUGCAAGAAGGCCAGAUCACUGGCCAAUCUCUGUCCAGCUGGUUUACCCCUUGCCAUCGAUGAUACGGCGAGACCCUUCCUCUGUGGCCAGGAGCCGGGCAAGCCACAGUGCCCACCACUCUACCAGUGCCUGGUGGAGUCCGGCAACGACUACGGAGUGUGCUGUCCCAGUGCACUGACCUUCCAGAAGCCCGGCAUCUGUCCGGCUCCGGAUCAAUCGCAGUACACCGAGCGCACGGGUUACAUGUGCGGAUCGCCGUGCUCCCACGAUCUGGAGUGCCGGAACAUGGAGAAGUGCUGCUACACCAAGGGAUGCCAGUUUAAUUGCCAGCAGCCGGGAAAUGUUACGGGCUGUCAUCAGGCCAAGGCUCUGGCCGACAUCCUGUCCAUCAAUGAGCGCGAGGGACGCGGUUAUGUGCCCGAGUGCAACGGUCCUGGUGGUCAGUUCUCGCCGAGACAGUGCUCCCGCAAUGGACUCGUCUGCUGGUGUGUGGAUCCCCGAACGGGACACAAGAUCAAGGAGACCAUGGGGGCGGCCAACAAUGUGAACUGUGAUGGCUGGGAAAACAUGAUCAGCAGGUCCUACGCCAGGAGUUUCCAGAUGGAGCAGUGCGAUACCAACAUCUGCGCCGCCGUCUGCGAGUAUGGAUUCAAGAACGACCACAAUGGCUGUCCCACCUGCGAGUGCUCCGAGCCCUGCGAUGGCUUCAAGUGCUCCAUUGGCUCCCAUUGCGAGGUGGCCACCGAUCCCUUGUGCGAAUCCGGCUCUUCCCUCUGCGCCUCCUGGCCCGUCUGCAAGCCCGACCUGGUCUACUCCAAUCCCUGCGAUGUGGGAACCCCCCUCUCAGACACCGCCACCGGGGAGGUGAUGUACUGCUUUGAGGAUCGUCAAGGGCGCAGCUUCCAGCCCACAGCCUUUUUUGAACCGGAGCCAGAGGCGCAGUCGAAGCAAGGUCGAUCCAUGAGCAACAGGAUUAUGUGCCCGGAGCAGUACAAGUGCACCAAACUGCAUCGAGAAACGGAGAAUGUGUGCUGUCCAGUGCCGGAGAAGCCAACUCCAACGGAGGAGGGAUCGCAUCAGCAAACCAUGUGCGAAUACUUGAGGGACUUUUCGGAACGAAUGGAGGGCACUGAGGAGGGCAUGCAGCUGGCUGUUCCCUCACCACGUUGCACCACCGAUGGAGAUUACGAGGGUCGCCAGUGCCAGCUGAAGAAGAUCCGAGUUACUCGCGCCGAGCAACGCAAAAUUCUGGAGGAGAACACCAUUCGCCGGAUGAGGAUGCUGCUGGCCAGUGCUGCUCCAAAGCGAUCCAGGAGAGACCUGGAACGCCUGAAGCUCUACCGCGUGGAGGACAGUGCCCUCAAGGUGCAGGUGGCUGCUCCCGUCAUGGGUCGCAGUGCCAAGGUGAUAGACAUGGGUGCGGAUCGCCAGCAGGGAUUGGGUCAGCUCUUCGAGACGGAGUUCAAGAAGGUGGCCUCGGCCACCAAGAGGCCGCCGGAGAACGAGGACGAGCUGGUGGAAAUGGAAGUGGAGCAAUGCUGGUGUGUGGACAGCUUUGGCACGGAGAUACCCCGAUCUCGUGGCUAUAACGUCAGCGAGGAGACCUGCCGCAGCUUAAGGGAGGAUCUGGAUUGCCUAGAUCUCACCUGCAGAAUGGGUUGCGAAUAUGGUUUUGCCCUGGAUCCGGAUACCCGUUGCCCCGCCUGCCAAUGCCGAGAUCCCUGCGAGGGCGUGGCCUGUGGUUCUGGCAAGGAAUGCCGCGUGGUGGAUGUCAGCUGCGAGGGUGAAUACUGCCCUCCAGUGCCCGCCUGCCUGCCCAGAAAGCCGGGACAGUGCCCUUAUCUGGUUCCCCCGGGUCCGGAUAACCUGGAUGCCAAUACCUGUGCGUACGAGUGCCGCACGGACGCCCAUUGCGAAGGAGCCCGGCGUUGUUGCUCCAAUGGAUGCGGCACCCAGUGCGUGGAUCCUCAACUGAAGACAGCCUGUCAGCAUCUGCAGGCCAUACAACUGCAUCAGAGUUCCGAACUCGGAAUUCCCGCCCGCCAAAUGGCAGUGGCCCAAUGUGAUUCCAAGAAUGGCAAAUGGGAGGAGGUGCAGUGCUCACCCGACGGUCACUGCUGGUGUGUGGAUGUUCAGGGCAAGAUCCUGCCUGGUACAAAGGUGAAGUCACCCGAAACACCCAAGUGCCAGGAGAACUCCAGUUUCGCCUGUCCAAAGACGAACUGCAGCCUCCAGUGCGAAAGUGGCUACCAAAUGGAUACGAAUGGUUGUCCCACUUGCGAAUGUAGAAACUACUGUCAGGAGGUGAGCUGCUCGGCGCACGAGGAGUGCCAGCUGAUCUCCGUGGAGUGUGUGGACACUCCCUGUCCCAAGAUGCCCAUCUGUGUGCCUCGUAGGGCCUCCGUCUGCCCCGAGGGUAAUCCCCUCCAGCAAGGCGACCUGGACAUGAGCUGUGGACCCCAUAAUGAGCACGAAGUGUGUCCCACCACCCACUCCUGUCAGCUGAAUCCGGUCAACAAUCGAGGUGUUUGCUGCUCCAAGACCCGGGAUGUGUGCUUCGAGUCCAUGGAUAAUGGUUGUCUGGCCGUUGGGAAAUCGGAGAGGAAUAGCACUCGCUACAGGUUUAGUCCCAAGGCCAACAAGUGCCUCCCUGUGAUCAUCGAUUCCGAGGCACCCGCCUGCCAGACCAAGAACCUCUUCCACAACGAACUGGCCUGCAACUCCGUGUGCCCAGUGCUCACCCAGUGCGAGCGGCUGAAGCUGAAGAACAGUCUGGCCGCCCAGCGAACCGGACACUCCUCCGUGUGGUUCCAGCCACGUUGCGAUCCCGUCACCGGUCACUGGAGUCCAGUUCAGUGUCUGGGCAAACAGCCCCAACCCUCGGACACACGCCACACGGAGAUUGUGAGUCGCGCCUUUGCCUCCGAGCCGGCUUCCGCUGGCGAGGAUGCGCCCGGAGUUUGCUGGUGUGCGGACAAGAAGGGUGCUCCCUUGAAGGGAACCCUCACCCGCGAAACUGAACCCAUCUGCAACAGCCGACAGGCUCGUAAUCGCAAGAUCGAUGUCGGAGAUCCGCUGAUGGAGCAACUGAUUGCCCAGCUCACCCAACUGAACGAUGUGGCCAGCGAGGAUGUGGAUUUCGACGAGCUGGAGGCUAGGAUUCUGCCCGCCACCGCCGGAGCAGCGGAGUCCAGUGUCACGGAGAGGGUUCUCGAGCUGGCCAACUCGCUGCUGGACUCCCAGCUGUCCGUGGAGCAGGCCACCCUCAAGCCCAUGGAGCUGAAGACCACACGUUGUCGAGCUCUGGCGGAGACGGCACCAUUCCCGGUAAGCUGCGAUGAGGCGGGAGCCUUCCGCCCGCUGCAGUGCAACGGCAGGAGCUGCUGGUGCGUGGAUGCGGCCGGAAACCAAUUGCAGUCCACCCACAUCUUUGGAGCCGGCGAUCGGCGCUGCAGUCAUGUGCCCAUCGAGGCGGUGGCCAUCGAACUCCAUCUGACCAACAGCAGUGGCCGGAGUGUGAGGAAUGCCUACGAUACCAUCCGAAGGGAGCUGCAGCAGCUGCUCGGCGGCGAGUCCGUGGAGAACCUGCGCGUGCAGGAGAACUUCGAUGGCUCCGCCAUUGUCCGCUUUGAGCUGCACAACGAGGCCAAGGUGGACCUGGCCUUCGCCAUCGAAGCGGCCAUUUCCGCCGGCGACUUCCGCUUGGCAGGCGGCCACUUCCGGCCGGAUUUGACCCGCUCCCACUUUGUCCACCGAAGUGCUGUGGUUCCAGUGGCCCAGGCGGCCACCGCCCAGGAUGAGUCCAUCCAGCUGGUGCUCUUCAUCAUGGCCACCAGUUCCGCCUUCCUGGUCAGCAUAUUUGUGGUCUAUGUCAUGCUGAAACGCAGCCGCAACCUCAAGGCCGCCAAUCCGUAUGUGAAGGGAGGCGGCGGGAGCGGCGACAAGCCCGUGGACUACUCCGCACCCAUCUUUGUGCUGGCCGCCAACGACAUGGACGCCCAGCUGGACAGCAUCAAGGGGUUCAAGGCGUAGGCUCUGCCUUUGUUGAGUUAUCUAAAUCAAUUUGUAAAUAAAAGAGAGCAAAUUUAAGAUUUACUUUUAGGGGGGAGAGGUGUUGGAGACCCUGAUUCCGCCCCAACCAAGCCAAAAGGGGAGUGCGACUAGCGGGGCCCCCACUAUCGAAUACUUAUCGCAUAUGUUCUAGCAACCUAAGACGAUUAAUUUAUGAAUAAAGCUUUAAAAUUAAA